AUGGCAGCCACCCAUGAGCCAGCAGCAAUUCUGUCGCAUCUGCAGAGCGCAGACGGCUCAGCAACCUUUUCUUACGCUGGCUAUACCGUCACUGGUGCUGUCAAUGGUCCGAUAGAGGUGCAAAGAAGGGAUGAACUGCCUGAGGAGGCCGUCGUCGACGUUAUCGUACGACCAGCUGCAGGGGUUGGAGGAACAAGAGAACGCCAUCUAGAAUCUCUGCUGCAGUCCACACUACGCCAGAUUAUUCUCAUUGGCAACUUUCCCAGGACACUCAUUCAAAUUACCCUACAGGUCAUUGUAGCCCCGGAAAAUGAGUAUGUCAAUACCAAGGUCACCCAAGCAAGCACAAACUUGCCUAUUCUUCCGGCCUUGAUACAAACCUCUGUUUUGACCCUGCUAUCAGCCGCCAUUCCUUUGACGGCAACCUUGACAUCUGCCACCUUAGCAGUCAUGUCGGACAACGGAGACAGUACAACUAUUGCCAACCCCACAGCUCGGGAAAUUGAACUAUCCAAGUCACUCCAUGUAUUUGUCUACACGUCCCAUGACGAGCUUGUAUUGAGCGAGAGCGAGGGCGAAUUCACUUUUGAAGAGUGGUCUGGAGCCUUCGAAGCUGCGAGACAACAAUGCUGCGUACAGUCUCAGUCGGAAGACGUGGACAUGAACAAUGAUGCUGGUGCUGGUGCUGGUGCGGACCUCAAGGGGUUUACGCGAUCAACAAUGGAAGCACAGAUCGCGUCCGACCUGCACUGGAAGUAG